CUAAAAAAAACUCUACUUUUCUUGAACCGACCUUGCUAUUUGAGCUCUUGAUAUCAUAAUUAUUGAUGAUAUGUUUUUUUUUAAGUUGCUAUACCUGCUAAGAAGAAGAAAGAGCAAAAACCAUACGUUGGAAUUGUUUCACACAGCCUUCUUCUCCAAUACAAGUUUAAAGACUGUGCAGAACAAACUUUUCCUUUAUUGUCGUAAAACCGGAAAUGAAUUUCUUAUCGUAGGUUGGUUCUUUCUUGGGCUGGCCGGAAUGGCAAGCGGGUCGGACUGUGAGCUUGGUGCGGAAAGCGAGCGCUUCGACGCCGAUGUCAGCGAGUCGGAGAGCUCCACCACUAGCACUAGCUUUUCCUGCGACCGCCAGGCCCCUUCCUCCUCUCUUUUCUCCACUUUACGCGGCCCAGGCGGGAAUUCGCCGCCACUGGCCCCGAUCAUGUUGCCGGAGGUCUUCGGUGGAAGACACGUCAUCAUCCCCGCACUGAAGCCCCACAAACCCGAAACUGAAAUGUCAGAAGUUGAAUUGAUGAAGGAUCGAUUUGCAAAGCUGUUGUUAGGGGAAGAUAUGUCUGGUGGGAGACAGGGAGUGUGCACUGCUCUUGCUAUGUCUAAUGCCAUUACAAAUCUUGCAGCAACCGUGUUUGGUGAGCUCUGGAAACUGGAGCCAUUAGCACCUCAGAAGAUAUCAAUGUGGGGCCGGGAGAUGGAAUGGCUUCUCUCCGUGAGUGAUUCCAUAGUGGAGCUUGUUCCUUCAAUGCAGGAAUCUCCAAAUGGCGGUGGAACCAUUGAGGUUAUGGUGCCUCGACCACGCUCAGAUCUGUACAUCAAUCUCCCAGCACUAAAAAAACUAGAUGCAAUUCUUAUAAACAUCUUGGACGGCUUUCGCGACUCUGAAUUUAGUUAUGUUGAACAACAGAUUGAAACAUGCCCUCGUUCUUUAUCUACACACAGGCCUUCAGUUAGGCUUGAAGAGGAUGGCUGGUUAGUACCGCUCCCGAAGGUCCCACCAAAUGGUUUGUCUGACAAAACAAGAAACCAGUUGCUUCAAUGUAGGGAAUGCACGAGCCAAAUCUUCAAGGCUGCUUUGGCAAUAAAUACCACUGUCCUUUUUGUGAUGGAAGUGCCAAAAGUUUACUUGGAGAGCUUACCCAAGGUAAGCAUGAAUGCAGUUUGAAUAGCUGAUACAAUACAAAUGAUUAGUAUUGGUGAAAGGGUAUAAUCCCAGCCUUUUUAUCUGAAAUGGAGCAGUUAGUUUUGUGGAAGUUUUAUUGUUUUUAGCUAUUGACCUAGUUUGUUCCUGCUUAUUUCCUUCUUAAACAUUGUACGGGAUAUGAACAAGAAACAAUAUCUUUUGCCCUUUUGGUCAUAUAAUUCAUGUUCCUGCUUAUAUCCGGUCACCACUAUAUCGGAUUUGUUCUUUCUUCCUGCCAUCUAC